AUGCCCCCCCGCGCGAACGCGCAGGCGGCCGCGAACGCGGAGGACGCCGCCGCCGCGCGGAGGGAGCGCCACUCGAACGCGACCAUCGCGUGCGUUCACCCCGGGAACGUGGAGUACGCGCUCUACUUCUACAAGAUGAUGGAGCGCGCGGAGCUCCGAGCGCUCGACGACCCCGACCGAAGCGCGCAGUGGCCGAUGAGUUUGGGGAAAGUGGUCAGGUCGCUGACGCAGGCCCCGCACCGCGUGCGCAGCCUCGAGCACGCGCACGCGCUGCACGGCGUCGGCGAGAAAACUCUGAAACUCUUCAAGGAGUACAUGGAGGAGUAUCCGCCGGACGCGCCCACGCCGGAGGAGCUGGAAGGCGAAGCCGCGCGCGCGGACAUCGAGCGACGCGCGCGAGAGCUGGAGAAGCAGCGGAAGAAGCAAGAGAGAGACGCCGCGAAGGCGGCGAGGAGAGCGAGCGAGGAGGCGGCGGCGAUGCGCGCGCGCGCCGCCGCCGGUGACGCCGCCGCCGCCGCCGAUGCGGCCACGGGAACCGCGCCCGCGCGCGCGAACGCGAAGCGGAAGAGCUACGAUCCUCACGGCGACGACGACGACGUCGUGAUGCUCGACGACGACGACGACGACGAAGCGCCGAGGGGGACGGGGACGCCGCGGCGAGCUUCCGGCGCCGCCGCCGCCGCCGCCGCGUCGCCCGGGACGCGUCGACCGCCUCCCCCUAAGCGCGCGCGCGCCAACAACGCCGGCCCGAAGAAGCCUUGGGAGCCCGGGUACAAGACGGCGGCGUUCGCCAUCGCGGUGACGCUCCACAAGCUGCGCCUCCAAGGCGAGACGGACGUGCUCAUCUCGCGUCUGAAGGACGAAGCCGAGGCGUCGGGGCUCUCCGCGAAGGGCAUACACCCCGCGGGCGGCGCCGGGGCGAACAACAUCCCGGGGGGCGGGAACCCGUACCGGGGCGGCGGCGGACGCGGCGGCGGACGCGGCGGGUACACGCCGCAGUACUGCGGGUGGAGCUGCUUCGAGGGGUCGUUCAUCAAGGCGCGUUCUAUCUCACACCGGUUCCCGUACGACCGCGUCGGCGUGAUACCUCGCGGGCACGCCGCGCCGCUGUGCACGCAGUUUGGCAAUCCGAAAAAGGUUCGCAUGCUGGACGAGGGCGUCGCGCUCACCGCGCGGUGUCACGCGAUGGCCGAGGAGAAGGGUGACUGCCACUGCGGGCUGAUGUCCAGGGAGGACAUCGACGCCGCGCUCGCCGCGCCGCUGGCUGGAUUUUGGACGGAUGACGGGGGGGGCGCCGCCGGAGGCGGCGGCGGCGCGGCGGCGCCCGCGGCAGCGCCUCGCGCGAAACCGAAAGCGUCGUCGCGGUCGACGCGCGCGCCGUCGCCGCCGCCGCGUCCGGCGGAGCCCGAGGGACCGCCCGUGAACAGAUUCGUCGCGGCGGCGUUGGCGAGGGCGAAAGCCGCGGCGGCGGCGGAGCGAAGAGCCGCGGGCGUCCCGGACGCCGCCGCCGCCGCCGCCGCCGCCGCUCCGCCGCCGCGAGAGCCUCGAACGGAAGAGGACGUGCUCGCUCUGUCCGUCCGCGACCUGAAGGCGCUUCUCGACCGCCACGGGACGUCGUACGCGGGUAUCAUCGAUAAGGACGAUCUCAGGGACGUGGUGAGGGACGCCGUCGGCGUCGCCCGACGCGAGCCGGCGGUCGCGCCGGUCGCGCCGCGUCGCGGGAGCGUCCCCGACGUCAUCGCCAUCGACGACUCGGACGACGACGACGCCCCCGACGACGCCCCCGCCGCCGCCACCGCCGCCGCCGCCGCGCCGAGCGCGCCGCCGCCGCUCGACUCGCAAACCUCGGUCUCCGUCUCCGCGGCCGCGACCGCGGCGGCGACGCGUCUGCUCGACUCGCAACACUCGGACAACUUCACCGCUCGAGACGGGAACCGCGCGUGGCGCCUCUCCGGGCUCGCCGACGGCGACGACGUCCCGCCGCGGCUGCCGCCGCUCCCGGUCGACGGCUCGCUCGCGUUCGAGGACGUCUACGAUGUGAUCCUGCUCGUGGACAACCGAGAGCAGUUCGGCGGACGCGGCGGCGGCGGACGCGGCGGCGGCGGGAACCGCUCGCAAGUCGUCGCGGACGAGAUCGCCGACCUCGGGCGGUGCCACCGCGUCCGCGCGGAGAUGGGGCACUUCGAGUGCGGCGACGCGCUGUGGGUCGCGCGGCGUAAGGACGGCAGAGCGGCGCCGGGUGAGGAGCACGUCCUCGACAUAAUCGUGGAGAGGAAGCGUCUGGACGACCUCUCGAUGUCGAUCCACGACGAUCGAUACCGGCAGCAAAAGUAUUACCUGAAACGCUGCGGCUUGCGGCAGGUGUGUUACCUCAUCGAAGGCGACGUUCGAGAGCUCGAGGCGACGCGGUACGCCCCGAACGGCGGGAUAAGCGAGACGAAGAUCAAGGCGAUCAAGACCGCGGCGGUGCAGACGGAGAUUUACGACGGGUUCCAGGUCAUCAAGACGCUCUCCCUGAGGGAGACGUUCAAUUUGUACGGCCGCAUGACCACGGCGUUGUCGGAACGGUAUGCGAAGCUGACGUACGCGGACUCCGCCGCGGCCGCGGCGGAGCGCGACGUCGACGAGGACGCCGGAGUCGUCGCGGAAGACGCGGUCCCGCCGACGCUCGAGGCGUUCAAGCGCGCGCUCGUCGCGCAGAAGCGGUCGCAGACGACGUUGAAGACGACGUGGGGCACGAUGUUGAUGCAGGUCCCCGGGUUGGGGCCGGAGAUGGCUGGGGAAAUAAUCGAGCAGUACCCCACGCCGAGCUCGCUCAGGGACGCGUACGACGCGUGCGACACGCACGCCGCGGCCGCGGGGCUGCUGUCGGGGAUCAAGACGUCCGAGGCGAGGAGCGUGGGGCCGGUGGUGAGCAAACGCGUGUUGACGUCGCUGUUCGGCAGGAGCGAGCCGUAUUGA